GUCCUUUGGAAUUCUUCUGAAGGGCUUUGAUGAUACGAGUGUUUACAAAUUUUAUUUAGCUGGGGAAAACGCGCAGGACCACAGUUUUGAAAUUGAAUCAUAAAUGUAGUAUGUAGCCUACCCAAAUUCGAAAUCAAUACAAGAAUAACACCCACCCGUGAAAAUGGCAUCAACGACUCCUCUCCAAGAAGCGACCACCGCCAGAAACGAAUGUCGCAUGCUGAUGAAUGUGGCGCGAUACUACGAUGUGAUAUCGCAGAUAGUGACUAUUCUGGACAGUUUGGUAAUCUCCCAAAUCAACGCAUCUCUGCUCCAGGUGGUGCAUCGUCCCGAAACCAAAUGCAUCGUGAUCAAUUACGGUGAACCUGAGGAUGAUGGUAAAUCCGAGGAAGUGGGCGAAGUAGAACAGGAGGUUGAAUCCGAUCGGAAUGUAGUUGAGGAGGUCGAUGUAGAAGGCAUUGUACAAGAGCUUCCGGAGGAUGUGAUCAUCGAGGAGCAGGUUGAGGAUGAAUUUUUCUAUGUCGAGGAAGAAGGAGUAGGGACGGAGAGCAUGGCGGAAGAUACGGAUGAAAUCCAGGUUCAAGUAUUUGAUCUCGUCAAAGAAGAACAUAAUCAGGUAGAAGAGUAUGAAAAUGAUCAAUUUGUGAUAGAAGGCAGUCAAAACGACGAGGUAUCAGAAAUUUCUGAAUAUUAUGUGGAGUAUUUACAAGAAGUCGAAGAAAUCAGUCAGGACGCCAAUAAGAUGGUUAAACUCGAGAAUCCUGAAGAUUCAAAUAUAGAAGAGGUCUUUACUAAACCCGAUACUUCGUUCCUUUUUCGUUAUAAAUGUCAAUUUUUGAGUUGCAAUAAGAAAUUCGCAUUUUCCAAGCAGUACGAUGAACACUUUCGACGAGAGCAUCCUGGAAUUGUAACCAAACCUAUUUUGCUGCAGUGCAAGCAUAUUGAUUGCAAGAACACUUUCGACGAUACGUACAAGCUCCAUAUCCAUCACAAGCAGCACAAAAUGCAACAAAGGUUGAAUAAAAAUGGCACACUGUCUUGUCAAAUAUGCCGGGAAAGCUUCAAUACCAAAUUAGCGUUCAGGAAGCACAUUAAGGAACACUCUCAGGAAAGUGUCGUAAAAGCAAUGAAGCAGAAUUUCAAACGCAAAUGCCAAUUUUGUGACGAGGUUUUAGAUUCCAAGAUCAAUGUCUACAACAUUCACUGUUUGGAGAAACAUGGCAAAGCUCCUUACAACUGUUUCAUCUGUGGAAAGGGAUAUUUCCUGCUAGCACAUGUGAACGAACACGUUAAAGCUGACCACAGCGUCGAAUCGGUUCGAACGUUAAUCGAUAAGUCCUUGUGGAGAUCGUUUUCCAUAGACGACACCACCAUAAAGGAAUGUCGAAUGUGCUUUCGACUGUUCGCUUCCCCCAAAGCUGAGCUGCAGCACCAAGAAAGUCACACCAAAGAGCUUUCGAUCACGUGCACCAUCUGCGGUGGGAAACACUACGAGAGCCAAUGCAGCGAACCGAGGCCAAAGUUCACCUCCGUCUACGAAAAAGUCCAAUGCGACCAAUGCCAACGCUGGAUGUCCAAGAAGAACAUCAAAGAACACAAGGCCACGCACAUGAGCGAACGGAACUUCCCCUGCACGGUGUGUAAGAAAACGUUCAAAGUGCAAAGAACAGCCCACCGGCACAUACAGAACCACAUCAACGCGGAAAACCGGCUUCGCAAAUGCUACGAUUGCGACCAGGAGUACACCGACGAAGAUUUCCUCGUAGAGCAUUACGAGCAAGCUCACCCCGAUAAACGCCCCUACAACUGUUUGAUCUGCGGUGAAGGGUUCUACCGGAAAACCCUCUUGGGAGACCAUUCCCACAUGCAUUCGGACGAGGAUAGACGGAGGAUAUCGGUUAAGAAUCCGGUCGAGCAUUACCAGAUACGGAACGCCCGGGUUUACGAGUGUACCCUCUGUCGGAGGAGCUUUUCGGCGAAACGGACCACCGUAGCGCAUUUUAUAGUGCACACCGAUCGGCCGUUUGUUUGCGAGCACUGCAGCAUGUCGUUCCGAAUGAAAACCAGCUUGGAGGACCAUUUGCUGGAUGUGCAUAAGAUUAAAGCAUAGAUUCCAAGGCCUGGGCAUCAAGCCUCUUUGAAUAGUUCUGUAAAAAUCUAGGUUAAAUGUAACGAAGCAUAAAUAAUACAGUAACGUAAAUAAAGGCACUAGUCGAAAGAUUAUAGGGAUAUUCAUAUACCAUGUAGACCAACAUUUUAUUACCCCAGAUACUCUUUGUUGAGCUUUGUUAUCCAUAGAAGAUUCCAAAAAUUGUGUUUACUGUAGGCAUUUACCAGCGACAAACUCUUCCCCCCAAAUCGGUUACAUUGCUUGUCAAUGGCCCCUUAUGUUUCUCUUCCAUUUGAGCCCAAAAUAUUUAGCCGAAAGCUAAAUGUUCUAUCGAAAGAUAGAAGAUCUAUUCAAUAAAUGUAAUUUGCAAUUAGUUCUAGUUAACUUUGAAUGACUGAUUCUUAAUAGAAACCUGAUCCACUAUGGAAAUCA